UAAAAUUAUUUUUCUUUUCUUUUUAGCUUUUUCCUUCUCUGUUUAAAAAACUAUUGGACGGAAACAUCUGAUUAAGGAUCGGAUCUAGGUCUCUACUUCUUCCCCGAUUUCUCUCUAUAGCUCGUCGAUCGAAGAAGUAACGUAAAUGGACAAAGGCAAAGCAGUGAUGGGUGCUGGUCGGAGAUGGGCCGUAGAUUUCUCGGACCAAUCUACCGUUCCAUCUUCCCGGGACAUCCUCGAUCCACCUGGCUUCUCUCGUGCUUCUCCCGAACAGGAUGAUUCAGCAACGAGCCGCCAAAAGAAAGACGCUGAAGCUACUUGGAAACUUCAGAAAGCAUGGGAAGUAGCGCAGUCACCGUUUAAGAAUCUGAUGAUGAUGGGUUUCAUGAUGUGGAUGGCUGGAAACACUGUUCAUCUCUUUAGCAUUGGUAUUACUUUCUCUGCUCUUUGGCAGCCUCUCAGCGCCCUCCAGAGCGUUGGAAAGAUUUUUGAGCCAUUCAAGGAUAACAAGGUGGAACUACUUAUGCCUAAGCUAGUGUUUCUUGCCCUUAACCUUGGAGGCUUAGCUUUGGGUAUUUGGAAGCUCAACACUUUGGGGCUUCUUCCAACUCAUGCAUCAGAUUGGGUUUCAUCUCUACCCCCUCCUCAGGAGGUUGAACACUCUGGCGGAGGAUUUGCUUUCCACUGAUGAGCAUAUGUCUCUUUGAGAUAAUUACGAAAGAUACUUAAGUUAUAUCAUGAGGGGAAGAUUCAUGUGGACCUUCUCAUCUUUUGAUCUUCUUGUAGCAUUUUCAAAACUCUGAAACCAUAGCUUUUUCACUUUUUGAGUUUUGAUGUUCUUUGCUCAUCAUAACUAUGAAUUGUAUUAUUGGCAUUUAAGUUACCUGUUUCCCAGCUUUUUAGACAGGUAACAUUCAUACUGUUCGGAAACAUUAUACACA